AUGUCGAGCGCAGAUUCCGGAGGUGCCUGGCCGUGGUCGUGGCUUGCUAAAGCAGCGAAUGAUGCAAUUCCUAGAGCUACUGCAACACUGCUUGUCAUUGUAAUAGCAGCUCUUACUUUUUCUUUGUUGAGGAGGCGAAACCACACAACGGCUCCAUUGCCUCCAGGGCCCCGAGGCGUGCCAUUCUUUGGGUACCUCCCAUUCCUAGGGACUGAUCUCCACCGGAAAUUCGCUGAAUUGGCCGAGACAUACGGCCCCAUCUACAAACUCCGGCUCGGAAGCAAAUUAUAUAUUGUGGUCAAUUCUCCGUCGCUGGCCAAAGAAAUUGUGCGGACCCAAGACAUGACGUUUGCCAAUCGGGACCCGAACAUUGCCAGUGUCAUUGGAACAUACGGCGCAAGGGACAUUGCCUUCUCAAGCCAGGGCCCUUAUUGGAGGAAUCUCCGCAAACUGUUUGUACGGCAGUUGAUGAGCAACACAAGUCUGGACGCCUGUUACGGUUUGAGAAGGCAGGAGGUCAGGAAAGCUCUGAGUGAUCUGUAUAGAAAACCCGGGUGCCGGUAG